AUGGGCACCCCCACACAGUACAAAAUAGGGGGGUGUGACGUGGUCUUCCCCCACCAGGCUUAUGGCGUCCAGCUCAGCUUCAUGAACAAGUGUUCUGGGAAGACGCUUUCGCUCCUCUGUUCCUCCCUUGCCUGGCAGCAGCGCGAGAAAAAGCGGAUCGAGGACGGGCUACCCUCCGCCUAUCCUCCGUCGGCUGCUCCCCCUCCAGAGGCGCCGGCCCCUGGCCUCGCCACAGAGAUAGCCCAGGUGGUGGCAGAGCUGCGGCGCAGCAGCUACCGACCCCGGAUGGCGAUACUGGCCUCCAAGAAGCACUACUGCGUCAACAAGUUUGCGCUGAGCAAGCCGUCCAUCGAGGAGGCAUGCGAUGAGCUGCUAAAGGAGGGUCAGUGCUCAUACUUCAAGGGGACCCAGGCCGUGGUCAGCUCUGGCUACUCCAGCAGGAUGCUGAUCAUUAAAGCGCUGCAGGUGCACGACAUCGAGGAGCUGCGGAGCUUUGCUCGGGGUCAAAGGGCCUGCCCAUACUUCCUGGCCUCCAAGUGGUCCAAGGUGGUGGGACUGUGCAUCGAGAUGAGGGAGGCUGACAUGGUCUUCAGCCCCUACAGCUACCUGGUGGACCCCGUGAUCCGACGGGCGCUAGACAUCAGCGUGGAGGGGAACAUGCUGGUCUUCGACGAGGCGCACAACAUGGAGGACGUUGCCCGGGAGGCAGCUUCCAUGCACCUUCCAGCACCCGAGGUCCUAGAGAUACAGACCUCCUUCGCACGCGCGGUCGCCAUGAAUGGCAAGCCGGAGGUUUAUGCGCCGCUGGCUGAUGCGCUGCUCAGGCUGCACGAGUGGCUGGUGGCGCGGGAGGCGGACGUGGCGCAGGGCGUCAUCCGCAUCCAGAAGCAGAACCGCUUUGAGAAGGAGGAGGUGGUGUGGCAAGGUCCCCAGCUGCUGGCGCACCUCAAGGACAUGGCCCUGGGCGCCGACGCGGUGGAGGCCCUCUGGCUGGCGGUGCGCGUCGGGGGGAAGGCCCUGGGCCAGACCUCCCGCCUCAUCCAGAUCCUGAAGCUGCUGCACGAGGUGAGCACGGAUGGGUCAAGAGACUUCAGGCUGGUCUUCUCCAGGACGUUCAUGGGGGCCGAGGGGCGACGAGGCGGCGCCCUACGCUUCAGACGUGGAGGGGACGAGGCUGGGAGCCAGUGGGUGUCUGCCGUGUCCCUGUGGUGCCUGAACCCAGAGGUGGUCUUCAAGAGCCUGUCAGAGCUGGCGCACUCCACGGUCCUGACCAGCGGGACGCUGGCGCCCCUGGAAGGCUUUGCCUCCGAGCUGGGCACCCCCUUUGACGUGCGGCUGGAGGCGCCGCAUGUGGUGGACAUGGCGCGCCAGGUCUGGGCCGGGGUCAUCGGGAUGGCGCCCUGCCGCACCCAGCUGAACGGCGUGUUCCGGAACGUGAGUACCGAGGCUUACCAGGAUGGGGUGGGCGCUUCGGUGCUGGCGCUGGUGGGCAUUGUCCCAGACGGCGUGCUCCUCUUCUUCCCCUCCUACUCCUUGCUGGAGCGCCUGACGCAGCGCUGGCAGACCACGGGGCUGUGGAAGAGGCUGGCCUCCGCCAAGCCCAUCGUCACCGAGCCGCGGGGUGGGGGCCCCGAGGCACUGGCAGAGGUCAUGAAGUCGUACUACGACGGCGUCGCGGCGGGGAAGGGCGGCCUCUUCAUGGCCGUGUCGGAGGGCCUGGACUUUGCGGACGCCAACGCUCGCGCUGUCAUUAUUGUAGGUCUACCCUACCCCGCUGCCUACGACAAGCAGGUGUUGGAGAAGAAGGCCUACAACGACGCCGGCAGGGCCAGGGGACUGCUCUCCGGGUCAGCCUGGUACUCGCAGCAGGCCUUCCGCGCCCUGAACCAGGCCAUUGGGCGCUGCAUCCGGCACCGCGCCGACUGGGGCGCCAUCGUCCUGCUGGACUCCAGAUUCGAGGCGCCGGCCAACCAGCGAGGCCUGUCCCGGUGGGUUCGGGGGUCGCUCACGGUGCAGCCCAGCUUUGAUGCGGCCCUGGGCUCGCUCCGCGCCUUCUUCGAGCGCCUGGCCGCGGACACCGCGUCGUUCCUCGCUUUCCUGGAGGCCUCCGGGUGCACCCUGGCGGCGGUAGGCGCCCGGUACGCCAGCCUGGAAGCCGUGGCACAGGACGCCGUGCUGGACUGCUUUGCGGCUGCCAGUGAGUGGCUGGGAGACGGAAAGACCCUGGAGCAGCUGGCAGCUGUCUGGAAACCCUGCCUGCCGCGGGGCCUGCUUGCGGCGAUGGGGGCCGGAGAUGCCGACGUGGCUGGAGGCCAGGUAGGCAGCACAGGGUGGUGCGAUGCGAUGUGA